AUGAACAAUAACUUCUACCGAGCCCUGGUGGACCGGAGGCCCACGGUGCCCCCCAGCUGCACGCAGCUGGGCAUCAUGCAUUCUCCUCCGCAGACGCCCCUGCCCCCGGCAGAGGCCUUGGGCAACGUGCCUUUCUUGCUGUACCCAACCCAAGCCGAACCACCAUACUACGACGCCUAUGCGCAGAUGUUGCCCUACGUGCCCUUCCCAGGCGCCUUCGGGGUCUACGACUACCCCUUCGAGCCAGCCUUCAUUCAGAAGCGCAAUGAGCGCGAGCGGCAGCGCGUCAAAUGCGUCAACGAGGGCUACGCGCGCCUCCGCGGCCACCUCCCCGGCGCUCUGGCGGAGAAACGGCUCAGCAAGGUGGAGACGUUGCGCGCCGCCAUCCGCUACAUCAAGUACCUGCAGGAGCUGCUGAGCGCGGCCCCGGACAGCGCCCGGGAGGACCUUGCGCAUCCUCCUGGGCACCGACUGGACUGCUCCAGUGAUGGCGAGGCCCAGAGGCCCCCCUCUCUGGUCCCCAAGCCGUCCGAGCCCUCCUGCUUCUCCUCCUCGCCUUUCUUUGAGUCAGAGGAAUCCAGCCAUUGA